AUAAAAUCUCCAUUUGACAUAUCAUCACACCUUAUCUAUCAUCAUCAUCAUCAUCUUCUUCUUCUAUCUGCUAAAAUAAAAAACAGAGAGUGAGAGAGAGAAACACUCUCAUAGUCUCAUGGCCAUGGCGUCUCUAACUCAGCAACUUACUGGUGGUCUCAAGUGGACCCCAUUCCUAUCCAAACCAACAACAUAUCUGCAGAAACAAAAGCGCGGUGUUCUUCCUAUUGUAUGUUCCAUUGCAAUUUCAAGCACACAGAACAAAGAGAGAGCAUUACUUGCAGAGAUUUUUGCAGAAGCUUAUGAGAAUUGUCGUAAUGCUCCAUUGCAAGGUGUUUCAUUCACUCUCGACCAACUCACUGAAACUGUUGAUAAAUAUGAUUUUGCGUCUGAAAUUGGAAACAAGGUUACUGGCACUGUGUUUGGCUCUGAUGCCAGUGGAGCUUUUGUUGACGUUACCUCAAAAUCUACAGCAUACUUGCCACUAUUUGAGGCAUCUAUCCGCAAAAUUAGGCAUGUAGAAGAUAUAGGCUUAAUUCCUGGCGCGACAGAGGAGUUUGUAAUCAUUGAUGAAAAUGAAGAUGAUGGUUUGCUCUUAAGUUUAAGAUCUAUCCAGUUUGACCUUGCAUGGGAACGAUGUAGGCAACUUCAGUCAGAAGAUGUUGUUGUCAAGGGUAAGCUUAUUGAUUCAAAUAAAGGUGGUCUGGUGGCUGAAGUUGAAGGCCUUAAGGGGUUUGUUCCAUUCUCACAGUUGUCAACGAAACUGCCGGGAGAAGAGAUUAUUGAGAUGGAGCUUCCUUUAAAGUUUGUGGAGGUUGACGAGGAAGAGUCCAGACUUAUCCUUAGCCACCGCAAAGCUGUCGCUGGCAUCCAGGCACAACUAGGAAUUGGAUCGGUAGUCACCGGGACCGUGCAAAGCCUAAAGCCAUAUGGUGCCUUUAUUGACAUCGGUGGAAUUAGUGGCCUCCUUCAUGUCAGCCAAAUCAGUCAUGAUCGUAUAUCUGAUAUUGAAACUGUUCUUCAACCUGGAGAUAUUCUGAAGGUGAUGAUAUUGAGUCAUGAUCGUGAGAGAGGCCGUGUAAGUCUUUCCACAAAGAAGUUGGAACCUACACCUGGAGACAUGAUUCGUAAUCCAACGCUUGUCUUCGACAAGGCCGAGGAGAUGGCUCAGACAUUCAGACAGAGAAUAGCGCAAGCAGAAGCCAUGGCUCGUGCUGAUAUGCUUAGGUUCCAGCCAGAGAGUGGAUUAACUCUCAGCAGUGAUGGGAUCUUAGGACCACUUGGUUCAGAUUUGCCUCUAGAGGGACUGGAUCUGAGUGAGAUACCCAAAGCUGAAGAUUAAGGAUGGACGAAACUCGGAGGCCUUUACCUUUUAUUACACAUUGCACUGUUUAUUGUUGUAGAAUGAUAAACCUAAUGUGAUCUUUCUUUUGUUUUAAUGUACUCAUCUUUCCUUGGCAAUGUAAAAUUGAAAAAAGAAUAAUCUAUUAACUAUGUAUCUAUUUGAGGAAACUGUUAAAUAUCAGAGUUGAAAAUUGAAGCAAUGCUA